AUGAAGGGCGCCGCUAAGUGUCGAGUGCGGGUUGUUGGCGGCGGCGUGAUCGGCCUCACCUCGGCCCUGGCGCUGCUGCAAAGCGGCUUCAAGCACGUGCAUGUGGUCGCCGACAGCUUCGAUGACACCACGUCGCACGUGGCUGGCGGACUGUGGAUGCCGUUCUCGCUGCCGGACGACGCUGACCCCACCAAGGCUCGAAAGUGGUGCGAGGUGAGCUACGAGUGGCUGGCCCACGUGAUGGAGAAAGACGGAGAGGAAGCGGGGAUUCAUGUAGUGGAUGGCGUGGAGGUGUCCAGUGAAGGACCCCCGUUGGUGGUGCACCCAUACUGGGCUCACUGUGUGAAGAACUUUCGACUGUUGAGUCGAGAGGAGGCGGAGCAAGUGUCACCGGAUGCGGUGCACGGAUUCGCGUUCGGAACGAUCAUCUACAACACAGGCGUGUUCAUGACGUGGCUCCAGAAGCAGGUUCGCCAGCUCGGAGGCACGUUCGAGCAACGCCGUGUGACUGACUUCGACGAGGAGAACUGUGACCUGCUGGUGAACUGCUCCGGGCUUGCGGCGAAAGAGCUAGCUAAAGAUGACACAGUUUACCCGAUUCGUGGCCAGGUCAUCAAGGUUCACAACCCCAAGCUGGACAAGUACGCAGCUGUCAUUCAUCGGGACGGACACCAUACGUACAUCAUCCCUCGACCGCGCGGUGACGUUGUCCUGGGUGGAACAGUGCAGCCUCACAACUGGAGCACAGAAAACGAUGACGUAGAUGUGGAGGGCGUGUGGGAACGCUGCUGCAAGCUGUGGCCAGAGGUGCGCAACAGCAACGUUAUCGGUCCCGUGGCCGGCUUGCGUCCUGGACGUACUGGUGGCGUGCGCCUGGAGGCGGAGGCCCGUCCAACGAGACGUGGAGCUCUCGUCAUUCACAACUACGCACACGGCGGGUCGGGCCACACGCUUCACUGGGGGUGCGCACAGGAUGUGGUUACCCUCGCCGCGCAGCAUUUUCCCAUCAAAAAUGUCAGUAAGCUGUAG